AUGGCGUCCUCCAAGACCACCGAUUAUCGACUCGCAGUCUUUUCGCGAUCUCAGGUGGAUUCGAGCGACGGUGUCAAGGAACUGGAGACUGCUAUUGCCAGGUUUCAAGCCAUCCUAGAUGAUGACGAUCGCAAGAAGUUACAACAGCUCAAAACUACUUCCCACGAUUCUCAAUCAAUUGUCCUAUUCACUGCCGAGCUGGAUAGACUUGAUCAGAACCGAAGAGGGAAGAGCGUUGCUACGCGACUCUCAUCAUUCCUUCAGAUAAUUGAACAAUACACUCCAAUCAUUGACACCUUUAUUCAGUCAAAUCCCGACAUUACGGCUCUAAUAUGGGGAUCCAUCAAACUAACAUUCACGGCAGAAAUAAAGACGUAUGUUGAGGAUAUCAGAUCGAAGGCCGAACAUGUGCAGCGCGACUUUGAACUGGUCAAAGCUCAGUAUGAUCGCGAAGAGCAACAGCUCCAGACUAGAGAGCGGCAAGCGGCGUCAGAUCACCGCAGAAAUAUGUUUGCCUGGACAUCGAAAGCAACCGCUGAAAUGAGGAGGCUUCAACUUCGCGGUAGGAAAGUCGAUACAGACCAACGACGCUGCCGCCUACUCCAAGAACUUUCCUCGUAUAAUUUUGCAGCUGCUCUGAACACUAUACGUAUCAAGAGGCAUCUUGGUACGGCGCAGUGGAUCUUUGAAACACAAGAGUUCAAGAAGUGGAUGCUGCUUGAUAAUUCAGCAUUCCUACAUGUCACUGGAAAGAUUGGAUCUGGAAAGUCAGUUCUAGCAUCCUCGGUAGUGGAUAAACUCUUCCAGAAUCGUCCCCCAGAUCAGUUUACGUCCUUGUUCUUCCUCCGGUUUGACGAUCCUUCAAGCUUGGACCCACAUACAAUCAUUCGUUCGUGUCUACAGCAGCUAUUAUCGGCAAUUCCCAUGGCCGAUUUGCGACCGGAGCUUGCGUCUAAGAUCAAUGACUGCCUGGAGCGCAACAAGGAGUUGAAUUUCUCCCUACCUUCUUUGAGGCAACUGUAUUGUCAUGCAUCUGAAGCUGUCGACACCUGGUUCAUCAUUCUUGAUGGGUUAGAUGAAUUUGCACCAAAUCAACAGUCGAUUCUCCUCGAUUUCCUCUCUGGAGUUAUUGAUACACUUCCAGGGUCUCGCUCUAUCAAGAUUUUGUUUUCCUCCCGCGAAACGUCUUCAAAUGUUAUACAACGGGUAUUUCCUGACUGCCCUCGACUGAUGACCGGCGGGCAAAGCACGAGUGAUGAUAUUAGUGCAUUUGUGGAGGAUAUACUCAAAGCGAAGGUUGAGGCUUAUGAGCUUGUUAUGGCAGACCCUCGGUUGCUUGACGAAAUUCGUAAGACCAUUGAUUCAAAGAAGCAAGGGAUGUUUCUAUGGGCAUUUCUCACGAUCGAGGAUCUGUGCUCGAGAAAAACCGACAAGGAAAUACGUCAGGCGCUCCAAGACAUCCCGACUGAUCUUCCAGCCACGUUUGAUAGAGCGCUGAGUCGAAUAGUAGAGAAAAACAACCAAGAUAUUGCAAAGAAAGCGUUCAUGUGGACGAGAGCGGCAAUACAGCCACUGACUCUUGCUCAAAUACGAGAGGCUUUGUCUAUUGAGAUAAACCAACGCACAUUGCACCCAGAUGAUCUGAUUAGCGGCAUAGACCGACUGCCAGCUUGGUGCGAAAGUCUUGUCUAUGUAGAGGAGACUGACAACACAGUGCAUUUCAGCCACCAUUCAAUAAGGGAAUAUCUCCUGACGCCUGGUUCCGGUGAAUUCUCUAACCUUCAUAUCGAAGCGGUGAGCUGUGAUCAGCUCGCCGGUGAGGCUUGCAUCACUUAUCUCAAUCUUGAUAAGUUUCAGACGGCACUGGUCCAAAAGCAAAGCAAGAACGGUCUGAAGCUUGACGUGGGCGAGAUAGCCGGCCAGACGGUACAAGUUGCAGUCAAGGGAAGCCUUGGUACACGGGUGGGUCGUCUUGUGCGAAAUGUGGUCAAGUCACAGCAACACAUUGAGGGUUCGAAAAACCAAGUUGCCGUCCCCAAUCUGUUCCCUCAAAGCAUUGCGGACUUUCAUUUUCUCAAAUACGCUUCACAAAACUGGUUCAUGCAUGCGGUGAGGCUAGAUUCAAAAGCUGAUGCGACUACAUGGAGGAACAGCGGCCAACUUAUCGAGAAUCCCCCUCCCCAGGCAAAGUAUCAGCCAUGGACUGAAGAUACGUGGAGAGUCAAGGUUCAGGAAAUUUCAGAUUCUGAUGCUGGCCCGACAUCGGCAUUCUACAACAGUCUUUUACUGUCUUUAUCUCAGGAUGAUUCAAGGGAUCCAACGACCACAGACCUUUAUUUUGCUUUCAUUUACGCAGACCAUCACCUCAACUGGGGCCUUUCCUACAUCGGGCAGUGUGCCUACAUGCUUCUAUACUUUGGCGGCUCAUAA